GAUUUAAAUCAAUUGUCAAACGUUCUGCCGUUUGUUAUUGUUUUCAACACGUUGAACUACCGACUUAGUUCGGUUUAUUUUCACAAUAUUGCUGCAUGAUUAUAAGCGAAAAUUAAUUCGUCGAUGCUGUUUUAAACUGAGUGCAACGGAAAAGGAGAAGCCGCAAGAUUAGUUCUAGCAGUAGUGAUGGGGAACAAACUCCGGAUGAGCUGGCUAGAGAGUUGGAAGAUGAAUUGAAAAUUAUUGACGAAGAUGUACAGAAGCCAACAGGUGAUCAACUUUGACGUAACUCAUUAAUGCAGGAACAGUAACUCUGGUGAAUUUGAGAAUUAUUCGGAUUAUUUUCGCAAAAAGUUCACGAGCACAGUCGUAAUAUUUGUAUAAUAUGACAACCUAAUUAUAUACCGAAGAACAAGAUGUCAGUGGUGCCAGCAUGUAUCAUUUUCCAACACCUUCUAAAAGUGGAGCAAUGGCUCAAAAAGCUGCCCUCAGCCGAUCAGCAGCCACUCCUCAGACACCGAAGCAUGCUGCUAAGCAAAAAAAUGUUACAGAUACUGCACAAACCCCGCACAGUGUUCGCAACAAAUUCAAGAAACAAUUGGUCUCUCUUGCUCGUAAUAUAUCUGGCGAAUCAUCCAGUGAGAGUGAAAGUGUUUCUGAAGACAACGAAUAUGUGCCAUCAGUUGAUGAGGAAUCUGAUGAUAGCGAAGAGGGAGAAGAAGUAAAAAGUUCCGAAGGUUCGGAGAGUGAUGUAGAAGAUAACAAAAAGCAAAUCAGAAAAACACCUGCAAAGGUUGCUCCUUCACGUUUAUCAACUUCUAAACAAAAACGGAAUACACGUGUCACUUACAACGAUUACCAUCUGGAAACGGAUGAUUACUUCGAAAUGCAAUCGGAAAAGGUUUUAACUUCCGAUCGAACCUUAGGAAGGCUGGUGAACCCACGAAUGGAUGAAGAAAAAUUGCAAAAAUUAUUAUCCAAGCAGAGCUUUGUUUCUAAAGAACAUAAAGAAGCCAUCAGGUCACUCUCAAGGGACUACAGAGCUUUGUUUCCAAUGUGGCACUGCAUAUUGGAAGAAGGCUACAGUCUGUUACUUCACGGUUUAGGAUCAAAAAGGAUUUUGAUGAAUGAUUUUCAUAAAGAAACUCUGUCUGAUCAUCCUACACUUGUUGUGAACGGUUUUUUCCCCAGUCUUACGUUGAAAGAGAUACUGGACGGUAUAACAACCGAUCUUCUGGGGCUGCAGAGUCCGACGAAUCCAAACGAAUGUCUAAGCUUGAUCGAAAGUACCCUCAGAGAGAAUCCCGAGGAUCGGCUUUACUUGUUAGUGCAUAAUAUUGACGGAGUAAUGCUCCGCUCCAACAAGGCCCAAGAUACUCUCUCGAUUUUAGCUAGCAUUCCAAAUCUUUCACUCAUUGCUUCCGUCGAUCACAUUAAUACACCCCUCAUAUGGGACAACGUAAAGCAUUCACGGUAUAAUUUCUGUUGGUGGGAUGUAACAACAAUGUUGCCAUACGAUGCAGAGACGUCUUUUGAGAGCUCGAUUAUGGUGCAGAAGAGUGGAGCGCUCGCCCUCUCCUCUCUACUCAAUGUUUUUCUCUCCCUGACUUCGAACGCACGUGCUAUUUAUGUGCUUCUCAUUAAACAUCAACUAGAACACGCAACUAGCGACACUUAUCCUGGUAUGCUAUUGAAGGAUCUCUACUCGAACGCACGUGAGGCUUUCCUUGUUAGUUCAGACACAGCUCUCAGGGCUCAAUUAACUGAGUUCAUAGAUCACAAACUAGUGCGUUCCAAGCGGAAUUAUGAUGGUGCAGAGUAUCUCAGUAUCCCGCUGGAUAAUACAUUACUAAAACAAUUCCUUGAUCAGCAAGAAACUGCGUAACGAAUUUGGCUGCUACGUGAGCUCGGAACCGAUCAAGGGAUCGCCAAUUUUCGUCUUAUGUUUCGAUACGCUUUGUUUGAGUCGUCCUCAGGCCUUGUUGUCUGAUAGAAAGCGAUAUGUCUCUCC